AUGGACAACCAUUCGUACAACUACGCGUACAACUUCCCUUCUGACUGCACGCCUCUCACCAACUGCAAGUCUGCCCGCAAACCGGCUGGUUCCACCGUGGUCAACAUGGGCAACCUGGGCAAAGACCCCCCGCGGGACUACAUCUUCUGGUCUCUGUGCAACACCUUGUAUGUGAACUUCUGUUGCUUGGGAUUCAUGGCUCUGCUGUACUCCAUCAAGGCCCGGGACCAGAAGACCCAGGGUAACCUGCAGUUGGCCCAGGAGUGCUCGGAUAAAGCCAAGUGGUACAACAUCCUGGCAGCCGGCUGGAACCUGUUGAUUCCUCUCCUGGCUAUAGUCCUGCUGGUGCUCCUGCUCAUCCACCUGGGCUCCUCCCAGGGCUCCUUCGACUUCCUCGGAGAGGACGGCCUACAGAACUUCCUGAACCUAUUCAACUGGUAG